AUGAAUGAUUCUUCAAAUCCUUCAGGAAAAGACUUUGGAAAUUUUUUGACAAGUUAUUUUGUGGUCAGUGGUCUUGCCUUGCCAAUAGUAUUUUACCAUACUCAUUUGAUUACAUUACAGGCUGCCAUAAUGAGCAUGUGUGGCGGCGUGAUUGUUUAUUUAACAAUAAUAAUAUUUGGAACGUUUUUCUAUGAGUCAAAUGAUGAUGAUUAUUAUUGA